GAGAUCGUCAUUUCUCCAUUGACACUUGACCGACCAUGAUUCACGCAGUGCUCAUCUUCAAUACGCAUGGCAAGCCUCGGCUGUCUAUAUUCUAUACCCCUAUCCCUCCGCUCGUACAGCAAUCCCUAAUCGCUCAGAUCUUUUCCCUCAUCUCGGACAGACCAGCCGGAGUCUGCAACUUUCUCGACGCACCUGAUCUCGUCUUUCCCCUCCCUACGAAUCUGAGGCCUAAAGCAACAUCGACCAAUGACCGAUGGAAGGGCAAAGACAGAGCAGAGGAUGAUGACACCCGAGUCAUCUAUAGGCACUAUGCAACGCUCUACUUUGUAUUUGUUGUGGACGGCGCGGAGUCAGAGCUGGGGAUUCUUGACUUGAUACAGGUCUUUGUCGAGUCUCUAGACAGAUCAUUCGAGAGCGUCUGUGAACUUGAUCUCAUUUUCCACUUUGACGAGGUGCAUCACGUUCUGUCAGAGAUCAUACAAGGUGGACUGGUACUCGAGACGAACAUCAACGAGAUUUCGCUAUGCGUCCGGUCCGGAGCGAGCAAUCGAAAGGCCUCGGCGGCUUCGGCCAAUCCAAUCAUUCCCACUUUGCUCUCCGCUCCGGGUUCAAGACCCGGUCGUGGGAGCGGUCCAGGCGAUGGGCCGCGGCGUUGGCUCGCCGCCAUGGGAGUGUAAAGUUGUAUGAAUGGAGUGAGAAACCAGUUGCAAUUCGCAUGGUCGGGCAAAAGACAAUCAAGUUGAAGAUCUUGGGCUCACACUCCCGUCGGAUCUUCCUCCUGCAAUCUUGGGGCGGGAUUGAUAACGCUCAUCAAUGC